AUGAAGACCUUUGUGGUGGUAAGGUCUGGAAACACAGUCCGUCUGAACAUCAACUUUGAGGCCUGUCCCCUGCCAGAAAUUACUUGGCAAAAAGAUGGUAUUCCAGUGCCCAAACAUGUAACUAUUACCAACUCUGAUAAAGGCUCUCAGCUAUGGAUCCCCACAUCUGAUCGGCCCGACAGUGGCAUCUACACCAUAACUGUCAAAAACAUUGUCGGCCAAGCAAGCUUCAAUGUUGAAAUCAGAGUUACAGAUGAUCCCAAGCCCCCAGGUCCUGUGGAGCUGGAUCAGAACAUCCCAGGAACAGUGACCCUGUCCUGGACUCCCUCUCCAGAUGAGAAGAGAGAUGACAGACUACACUACAUGGUAGCUAAGAAGGACUCCUUCAAACGCAGUUGGAGGACAGUCGCAGAUAACCUCUUCAACAAUAAAUGCACAGUAGUCAAUAUUUUGUCUGGACGGGAGUAUCACUUCAGGGUGUUUGCUAAAAAUGACAUUGGUCCUUCACCACCUUCUGAAUCCCCUGUUUUUGGAACCAUAAAGGAAAAAGGAAAGUUCAAAGUAGACAUGCCAGAGAGAAAAUCUUUGGAUUUCCAGUCCCCUCCAUCGUUCAUUGUUCCACUAAAGAGGCGUACAACUCCACAGGGUUAUGAGUGCUACAUGAGCUGUGCAGUUAAGGGGGAUCCAGCUCCACGUGUGACAUGGUACCGCAACGAUAUGAGCCUGAACACAAACACCAACUACCACAUCACAAAUGUUUGUGGCGUCUGCUCCCUGCUCAUACUACGGGUGGGGCCCAAAGACAACGGGGAAUACAAAGUGGUCAUUGAGAACAAACUGGGGACAGCCGAGUGCUCAAUGAUGCUGAAUGUCAGAGAGUGAAGAAGAACUUCAGCUGCUGGACAGAAGCUAGACGAGCAGAAGUCUUAACAUGUUUUAAAUCAAUUAAAUUAA